CGCAAACACCACAUUUGCCGCCAGCCGACGCUCCUUCUCAACCUUAACCCAGUCCUUCAACAACCUUUUUUCUUUUUCCCGCCACCCACCCUACUCUCACCAUGUCGAUGGACAGCUCUGACGACGAUAUGCCUUUGGCAAGAACGAACGGCCACGCCUCGUCCACGUUCAAGGGACGCGCCGCUCCUCCAGGACUCUCAAUUCGAAACGGCCCAGUCGACAGCGAUCCAAUGGACACCGACGACGCUCCAAACGGCACGUCCAAGAGGAAGGCGCGUUCUUCAAUGGGCAAAUCCGUCAACUAUAAAGAUGAAUCUGAAAGUGACGGGGGCGCCCCAUUGGCUAAGCGCCAAAAGUCGAAGCACAAGGAGGAGUCGGAUAGCGAUGACGAACCCAUGGCGAAGAGGAAGAAGAAGCUUCCUCCCUCCGCCAAGGAGACGUCCUUGAUUGACUCGUCCGACGAUGACCAACCUCUGGGAGCAAAGCUGGCGCAGAAGAAGGCCAGCGUCGAGAAGGCAGCUGCGAAGGAAGCUAAGGCCAUCCGAGCCGAGUCAAAUGCGAAGAAGGCGGCCGCGAAGCGCGCUUUGAAAGAGGAGUCCGAGGAUGAGCCACUCGCGAAGCCCAAAAAGCGACAGUCGAACGGCGUGUCGGCUACUCCGGCGACGAAGCGCAACGGUGUGAAGAAAGCCGAAUCGGACUCGGAUGAACCCAUUGCGAAAAAGGCGAAGAAGAUCACGCCCGUUGGGAAGGCUAAGGCUGGUGCCAAGACGGCUACUGCGCCCGUGAAGAAGGCUGCUGCUUCUACACCUAAGCCUAAGAAGCAGGUUAAAAGUGAAGAACCCGAGGAUGGUGAAGAGGGAGAAGAGGACGAGGAGCAUCGAUGGUGGGAGGGGCCGAAGAAGGAGGAUGAUAGCAUCAAGUGGACGACGCUCGAACACAACGGUGUGAUCUUUGCCCCUGCCUAUGAGCCACUCCCGAAGCACGUCAGGCUUCAUUAUGACGGCAAGCCGGUGGAUCUCCACGUCAACGCUGAGGAGGUAGCGACUUUCUUCGGCUCCAUGCUCAACUCUGCUCUGCAUGUCGAGAAUCCGGUUUUCCAGAAGAACUUCUUCACCGACUUCAAGGACGUCCUCCAGAAAACGGGCGGCGCCAAGGACAACAAAGGCAAUAAAGUCGACAUCAAGGACUUCUCCAAACUCGAUUUCAAGGCCAUAUAUGAGUACUACAAGGCCAAGAGUGACGCCAAGAAGAAUCGCCCGAGUUCCGAGAAGAAAGCCGAGAAGGCUGAGAAGGACGCGCUCGAGGCACCGUAUAUCUUCUGCAAGUGGGAUGGCAGGAAGGAGAAAGUCGGUAACUUCCGUGUCGAGCCUCCAGGACUGUUCCGUGGUCGCGGAGAGCAUCCCAAGACCGGCAAGGUCAAGAAGCGAGUCAUGCCGGAACAGGUCACCAUCAACAUCGGGAAGGGUGCCAAGGUCCCAGAUCCUCCCGCAGGUCACAAGUGGAAGGCCGUGCAGCACGACAACAGGGCGACGUGGUUGGCCAUGUGGCAAGAGAACAUCAAUGGGAACUACAAAUACGUCAUGCUUUCUGCAAAUAGCGCAAUCAAAGGGCAGGCCGACCACAAGAAGUUCGAAAAAGCGCGCGAUCUCAAGAAGCAUAUCGACCGCAUCCGCACUGAUUACUCUAGGGAGCUCAAGAGCGAUGUCAUGGCAGACCGCCAGAGAGCGACAGCCAUGUAUUUGAUCGACAAGUUCGCCCUGAGAGCCGGCAACGAGAAGGAUACCGAAAACGAAGCCGAGACGGUGGGCUGCUGCUCUCUCAAGUUCGAGCAUAUCACUCUGCGAGAGCCGAACACGGUCGUCUUCGACUUCUUGGGCAAGGACAGCAUCCGCUUCUACAACGAGGUCGCUGUGGACCGGCAGGUAUUCAGGAAUCUGAGAAUGUUCAAGAAGCCGCCCAAGGUGGACGGUGAUGACAUCUUUGACAGAUUGAACACGUCCCAAUUGAACAAGCAUCUAUCCAGCUAUAUGGCUGGACUGACUGCCAAGGUCUUCCGUACCUACAAUGCCUCGUACACCAUGUCCAAGCUCCUCCAAGAACUGCCCUUGGACAAGGCUACCACGGUGGCAGAGAAGAUCAAGCUCUAUAACGACUGCAACCGGGAGGUCGCCAUUCUAUGUAACCAUAAGCGGACCGUCGGUGCAGCCCACGAGACUCAGAUGGAGAAGCUUGGGGAUCGCAUUAAGGGACUGCGAUACCAGAGCUGGCGGACCAAGAUGAUGAUGUUGGAUGUCGAUCCCAAACAGAAGAAGAAGAAGGGAGCCGAGUACUUCAAUCUCGACCAAGACAUUGACGAGGCCUGGAUCUUGGAGCAUCACAAGUUCCUCGUCGAGACUGAACGCACCAAGAUCACCAAGAAGUUCCAGAAGGACAACGAGAAGCGGGUCGCUGAUGGCGAGGCCGAGCUUCCUGAAAAGGAGCUCAAGGAGCGCCUGAAGGUUGCCACCCAACUCGAGGCCAAGCUCAAGAAAGAGCACAAGACGCGGAAAGUUGAAGCCGAAGGCAAGGGUCCGACCGUUGAGAAAUUCGAGGCAGCAGUCCAGAAGCUCGAGGACCGCAUCCGUACCCUGGAGCUCCAAUCGGCUGACCGUGAGGGUAACAAAGAGGUUGCUCUUGGAACCUCCAAGAUUAACUACAUUGAUCCUCGCCUCACUGUGGUCUUCUCGAACAAAUUCAACGUCCCCAUCGAGAAGCUCUUCUCCAAGACCCUGCGUGACAAGUUCAACUGGGCCAUCCACUCGGUUGGAGACGAUGCCACAUGGGAGUUCUGAGCUGAGACACACUGGCACAUUUUCGACGGCCGCAUCUGAUAGAUGGCCGAUCGAGCACAUAUCGGUAGAAGAAAAAGAAGAAAGAAAGAACAAUCGCCAACCAAGAACAGCACCAGGCAGGCUAUGGCGAUACAGCUGCAU